UCCGACCUUGAGUCACUUCGUCAGAGUAGCAUUUCAACAAUGCCACUGAUUUUCAGUCUCUUCGUUGUUGAAAAUAGCUCGGCUGCUCCCUGCCACUAUGGGUAAUUCCUUAGGAACCGGUGGAUCCAGUUUGAUCCAUCCCUCUCUUUCUUUCCCUUCAGAAACUUGUUCAGUCUUCCCCCCCUCGGUCUUCCUACUGUAAAAAAAGAAAAGAAAGCUGUGUAGCUAACAGUGCAGCUUGUAGUUGUGCGACUUCUGAAGAAAUGUCGCUAGUUUGAAUCGACUGAGUGUAAAAAUCGCUUGUGACGGUGUCGCUUUUUAGAGGAAAACUCGACGGGACGAGCGCAGAAGAAGCUCUGACGCGGCUGCAGUCACCUGUAGGACACUAUUGAUGCGCUCCUCCUAAACUUUUCUCGGCUUUUCUGAACCUGCUUAGAGGAGGUGGAGGCAACGUACCACCCCCUGCCUCUGUCUUUGGCUGAAGUUACCACCUCACAGGAGUUACGCUUGAAGCACUCCCAAAGCUACUUGAAAUGGAGGCUCCUGAUGGCUACUGUGAUAGUAACGGCCAAUGCUCUCCUGGCAAAGAGAACUCGAGAAUGUCGGUGGAUACGUCAACACCUAAUGGACAGACAGUUCCUCAGGGUCCUAAUUCCCCCAGUGAAGUGACAAUUAAGCAAGAGGAAAAAACAGCAGAGGAAGCUGACGACAGAAGCCAAGCCCUCAAUGAAAUAGGCCAAACAGGAGAGGAAGGAUCAGCCUUGGAGGAAUCCGUGACUGACAGCCCAAGAAAUGUACAAGAUGGAUCAUCUGAGCCAGACCUGAUGGCUGAUCCAGGAAGCCGACAACCAAACGGUACCGAUCAGAGUGAAAGGCCGUUCCAGUGCAACCAGUGUGGCAUCUCAUUCACCCAGAAGGGAAACCUGCUGCGACACAUCAAGCUGCACACAGGCGAAAAACCCUUCAAAUGCCCCUUCUGCAGCUACGCCUGCCGACGGCGCGAUGCUCUCAGCGGGCAUUUGCGAACUCAUGCUGUUGGCAAACCACACAAAUGUAACUUCUGUGGGCGGAGCUAUAAACAGCGCACUUCUUUGGAGGAACAUAAAGAACGCUGCCAUAACUACCUGCAGGGUAUUGGCCUUGAUCCGAAUGCCAACUCUUGCCCUUACCCAGGUGAGGUCCCUAAAGAGCAGAGGCCCAUGGCAGAGCCCAACACUAUGGCAUCCUUUGAUCGGCCGCCCGUUAUUGAAAGGCUACACAGCAACGUGGGCAAGAGGAAGAGCACCACGCCGCAGAAGUUUGUUGGUGAAAAGAUGGUGCGCUACAGCUACCCUGAGCUAGGCUAUGAGAUGGGCCUUAAGUAUGACAAGCAGGCUGAACUGAUGUCGGCCCACAUGAUGGACCAGGCCAUCAGCAAUGCCAUCACGUACCUGGGAUCGGACACUCUCCGGCCCAUGCUCCACCAUCCUGGUCCCCCUCUCUCUUUGGCUGAAGUCGUUCCCAUGGUCAACCCCCUCUUCCACCAAGUCCUGCCAAUGGGCCAGCGCACAGAUCGUCCAGGAAACGGUGACACGCUGCCACUACAGCCACCUCGGCCCCAUGGCUUCCUCAAUCAUCCCACCACAAAUGGCCCCACCACUUUAAACAGGCAGCCCAAGCUACGCCAUCCAGGGCAAGGAGAAUCUCCCAACAACAGCGGAGGGGACUCUGCUGACUCAGCCCGCAGCAGCCCUCAUGAGAGGCCUGGAUACCACGGGAGCAACCAGACUCCUGGCCCGAGGUCUCGAGCCAGUCCAGCGGUAGUCUAUUCUGGUGAGCGCAACACAGAAACAUCCCCUAGAAGCGGGGCAGGGGUUGGGACUGGGAUAAUACGAGUGGCCACAGAUAGGCCCACUAGCCGGGAAGGGGUGCGGGUGUUUGGACAAGAAGGUCAAGAGUUGCGUGCCUUCCAGUGUGAGCACUGCCGGGUGCUUUUCCUGGACCAUGUCAUGUACACCAUCCAUAUGGGUUGCCACGGAUACAGAGAUCCAUUGGAGUGCAACAUCUGUGGUCACCACAGCAAAGACCGCUACGAGUUCUCCUCUCACAUAGUCCGUGGUGAACACACCUUCCAGUAAGACGAUGGGUAGGACUUGGGGGGAAAGACAAAAAAGGGAACUGAGCAAUAGCCUGAUAUCUUUCCUUACCCACAGGACUCGAGAUGGCAUAGUUGAAAGGCACUGUAGACAAGUGUAGCACAAUCAUAGCAUAGAUUUCUUUUUAAGCUACUUAUUAUGAAAAUGAACAGUUGAACAAUCAUAUGAAGGUAUGGGCCAAAGACACAUUUUUCUACAUAACUGAAAAAGAUUAAUAUUGUAGAAGGAAGGUAAGUUUUUGUUUUCUCUCAAAAUGUUCAUUAAUUGUAUAACAGAGCAGCUGCCAGAGGACUUUGACUAGUUUUUAACUGUAGUCUUAUUUGGAAAUGUCUUGUGUUGAGCUUUUUUCGUCAUCAGACUUAAUUCCAGUGAUGAACGCCUACAAAUGCAAUGUAUCUAUAUAGAAUAUUGCAAUUAACACAAACGGAAGAGGUAUGGACUUCAGGUAGUCCAUCAUUUUAUUUAGAAUAAUAAUACUACUGCUGUUUUUUUUCAUAGAUAUAAUAGCAGUAAGUUGGCCCACUUACUGUAGAAAAUAACCCAGGAUCUGCACAGUGUGCUUUUUGUGCUUUUCAUUCUUGUUCAUGAUAUUGCCAUGGCCAGUUAUGCUUCUUUUUUCCUAUGAAUAAUGGUGGAAUACAGAUAAUGUUAAUGUCUGGCUUUGCUGUGUGUUCUAGCUGCAAGCAACUUGCUGUCCAUUUGGACUUAAUUGCAAUUGGUGUAAUUAUCUGCAGCUGUGGAAAUAUGACCAGUCGACCAGCAACUUCAGUCUUUAGUUUUGCUUUAGUAUUGUUGUGUAAAUACUGCACAAUUUAAAAUGUUUGUAAUAUAUAAAUUACUAUCAGGUUCAAAAACAACUUUGAAAAUGUACAUAUUUACUUUAUUCUUCCAAAAGUGAAUAAAUCGUAAAUUAGGUUUUAGACACUUAUUCCUGUAGUCCAGUGGCUUGAGAUUAACCAAUUCAUUUUCAUUGAGGUCCAACUACUUAUACAAUUGGCAAAACGAACAUGUCACUAAACCCAAAUAAACUUUCACCCGCAUAAUACUAGUAGUACAGAAGAAGAAGACCGCCAACUCCCUGUGGUUGGCUUGUAUAUUUUGGAAUUGUAAAACAAGUCAAAAAUGAUCUGAUACUAUUUGUAAAAAACUGUUUGUUCUAUAAAUUACAAUAUUAAGGGAAAAAAAGGCUUUCCCCAGAGACAUUUCUCAUAAUGCUGGCCAUUAACUUGUGUUGUUGUUGCUCCUUUAGAAAAAUAUUGGAUCCUUUUGAUGCGUGGCUUGUGUUGCUUGCAGUUUGAGUACACAGUAGGAGUCCUUAACUAGAAUCAUAUUUUGUUUGAAACUGGCUUGACACCAUGAAAUGGCAGGAGGUAACUGCUUUCAUUUGGAUGACUUAAAAUUAUGCUUUACGGCAAUAGAUACCAAAGGGAUAGAGGAAGUUAAAGACACUGCAUGGGUUGCUUCUCUCUAAUGUACCUCAUUUUAUGCUUUACAGAAGGAUCAUCGUUUUGAUCUGAUCCAAUGUGUGCUUGCUUGGCUGGAUGGCUGUGUAUAUAUACAGUAUAUAGUAGUUUACUUGUUGUUCUUUUUUUCAUCCCUUGGAUAUGGGGUCGGGUAGGCUCUUUGUUACCGGUGCUGUUAUCCAUAUGGUUCAAAUUCAUCUUUCAUCCUAUUUGUUGAAAACUCUAUUUCUGAGAUUCUCUGUCCUUUGUACCUUUACAUUUUGCAUUAGGAUGGCUUUAUUUGCAGCUAAAUGCAGUAAAAGCAAAAAUUCAUGGAGAUCGAGGGGAUUUUUUUAUGCUUUUAGGUUGGCAUGGGUUCAUGUCAAUUUAUUGCCAUAAUGGCGCUACAUUCAUGUAUGACUUAUACAGACUGCAUACAGAACUAGACAACAUGAGCAAAAGUAAACGUAAAUGAAGUCCUGGUUUAACCGUGAAGGCUCUUCUUAAAACUGUAGCAUUCCUCUUACAUUAAAAUGCUCAUGUAUGCAACAUGUAUAUAGCGAGUUAGAGAAUAUAGCCACCUCCAAAACUCUUGUCCAUCAUUACAGUGUGUCGAGUGUUGACGGAUUUUGGUAAAUAAGGCUUGUUCAUAGUUAUUGUCUCUUGUCUGUUGUCUGUGCUUUGUACAGUUCACCCUGCACUUUAUCUCCAUGCCCUGACUAUAGACAGCAUUGGAGGACAUUACUAUUUUUAGUCAGCAUUACUAGUUUAACACUUGUCAGCACCAUAAACAGAUUAUCUUCUAAGGUUAAACUCAGUGAUUAACUCUUCUAAAGUAUGUUAAAUGUCUACCUGUGAUCAAAAGGCAGCUUUUUCUAUGUUUACAUGUGGCUUCUCGUAUGCGUAACUGGUGCCCAGCUAGCAAAAAAACCUACUGUUUGUAACGUAAUGAUACUGGAAAUGGUUUACAUCUUGCAGUUGUGAUAUUGACUCUAUCCAUUCCUGUAUGAAAUCAUUCCUGUAUAUAUUUAUUAUGAAAAACAUUAAAUGUUAAGACAGAGGUUCUCAUUGAACAACAUAUAUUAGUACAUGUUUUCCUGAAUCCCCUUCAGAAGAACAUAAUUAAACAUACCUGAACUCAAUUACCUUGAAAUGGGCAUUUUACAAGACAGGAUGUUCAAAACAAAUGUUAUAGGACAGCCUUACACAUUCUUUAAAUGAAGCAGCCAUAUGAACAAAAAACUAAAAAGUCAGCCCUUAUUUUGUGUGAGGUUUACUUGAAAAAUCGAAAUCAUUGCUAUUGUUUCCGAUUGCGGGGAUGUUUUUGUAAAUUUUGAAAAUGUACAUACUGAAUGUCUAUUUUUCUGCUGAAAUGUUAAUGCAAAUAGUUUUGUGAACUUUUGUUUUUUUAAGUUUAAAAAAUGUUUACAAACAUCUAAAAGGCAGGGUUCAGGUGAAUUGUAUUUUAUAAGAAAUAAUUUAUGAAAAGUGUAUAUUUUGGCACUGAAUAUUGAAAUGAUCCAGAAAUGUGUGCCGAUCUCUGAUAUUGAUAACAACUUUUUGAAUUGAGGGCUCUCAGGUAUUUGAAUAGGUUGUAUAUUUUUGUGUCCUAUAAUAUGUGAUUUAUUUAUCAAAAAGAAGCAAAGUAAUGUUUGGUAACUUUUGAUGACUUUAAUUAGUCCAACAGAGUGUGGUGAAGGAAGUUAGAUAAUUGAUCAGUCCUGUUUUCAACAUCAAUGACAUAACAUGAAGACACACUCCAAUGAAGAACACACUGUAUAUUUUGAGAUAAGGGAUGGGUUUCUCUCUAUUAAAGAUAUGAUUUAA